AUGGGCGCUCGGAACAGCGCUGCCGCCACGCCGGUGCUGCUCAACGUGUACGACCUCACGGCCGCGAACGAUUACCUCUACUGGCUCGGCUUCGGCGUCUUCCACUCCGGAAUCGAAGUCCAUGGCACGGAAUAUGGAUUUGGAGCCCACGACUACCCAUCCAGUGGUGUGUUUGAGGUGGACUCAAAGAGUUGCCCUGGCUUUAUCUACAGAAGAACGGUGUGGCUAGGCACAACAGACAUGUCUCAGGAAGAAUUCCGCUCGUUUAUUGAAAAACUCGCAGGGGAUUAUCAUGGCAACACAUACCAUUUGAUUAAUAAGAACUGCAAUCACUUCACAGAUGAUGUCUGCCAGAACUUGACUGGGAAGCCCAUCCCUUCCUGGGUGAAUAGGCUUGCAAGAGUAGUUUGCAGUUUCACUUUGCUGUCUCAUCUCAGCAAACAGUUGUCAUCUAUGGUAGCAGGUGGCAUGAUUGUUACUCUGCCAUUUAGCACAUCUGGAAAUUGCAAAUUUGGUAUGUGGGGUUCCGGUACCUGUUAG